GCUGAUUUAUUUUUUAGCGCGCACGUCAAUGUUUUCAACAAACAAAAUAUUCAUUCUUCAUCAAUGGAUAUGAAUCAAGUUCAAAAUAAUAAUGAUAAUGAUGAUGAAAUUGAUAUUUAUGAAGAUUUAAAUUUCAAUCAUGAACAACCAAAAUCAUCGGAAAAAGAUUCAUCAACUACUGAUCAAUUGUUUGAUGAACUACAUGUUUAUGGAAAACUUUAUCGUCUUGAAAGUGAAUUGACUAGAUUGACAAAAGAAAAUACUAAAUUAAAUAAUGAUAAUGAAACAUUACGAAAACAGAUUUCAAUUAAAGAUGGACAGAUAAAUGUAUUGAAAAAUAAUAUAUCAUCAUUAUAUAAAACGGCAAAAUUGGAAUUGGAUAGACGAUUAAUCGAAAAACAAGAACUUCAAAAUCAAUACGAUACGCUUGUAUUUCGAAGGAUAAGAAAUUUCGAACAUCAAAAACAACAACAAUCAUCAACAGCUUUGGAUAAUAAUAAAAUUCCAGAAUCGGAUUCUGUCGAUAGUGAUAAAAAAUCAAAUCAACAUAAACGAAAAACUUUACACAAUCAUCAAGAUAAUGUUGUCCAUAAAAACAAUAACCAUGGUUUCAAACGUAAACGAUCACCAUCCAAUAGAUGAAGAUCCAAUGACUAAUUAA